AUGCACGUGACAGCAACAAAACAGACCAAGACUACGGUCAUACUACCAGACCUUUUCAAAGGUUUCGUUGUUCAAACUCCUCGUGUCAACAAAGGCUAUGAGGCAGUCAAACCAAUCUCGGAACAAUGGCUCUCAGAAAAAUGCCAGUUCUCUCCUCGGAUGAAGAAAAGAGUCGAGUUCUGUGACUUUGCUCUGUUCAUCUCUAUCACGGCUCCUGAUGCACCUCAAGACAAACUCAAGACUAUGUGUGACUGGGGUAACUGGGUCUUUCCUUUUGAUGAUCUGUUUGAUGAAGGGUCAUUGAAAAGUGCUCAAAGACAGGCUCAGCAUGUCGUUGAUAGUCUGAUGGCAGAUAUGCUUGGCAAAACUUUUACCAAAAAGAAGAUCCGUGUUGUUCAAGCUCAUGAUGAUAUCUUUCGAAGAGUAUCCGAGGGCUCAACAGCUGGCGCUCGGACGAGAUUCGCUCUCGCUAUGAGAGACUACACAGAUGGCGUGAUCCACCAUGUCAAGCAUUUUUCAUCCAACAGUAUUCCAAGUAUCGAAGAAAUGCUUCAUACUCGGAGAUUAUCGUCUGGUGUUACACCUUUGUAUCACCUCGUGGAAUUUGCUCAUGAUAUCCGACUACCUGAUGAGGUGUUUGAAAACCCUGUCAUCCAAACGUUGGAACGUCUUGGUGUGGACUUUGUCUUACUUGCCAAUGAUAUUUUAUCCUACAGAAAAGAAGAGAAUGACGAUUCUCCUUUCAGCAUGGUUGCCUCUUGUCGAGCUGCUGGGCAAUCUCCCCAAGAAGCGUUUGACACGGUGGGCGCACUUCUUGAAGAACGACAUCAAGAAUGGCAGACGGUCAUAGCUGAAUUGCCAAGCUGGGGGCCAGAAAUUGAUGCUAAUGUGGCAAGAUAUGUCGAGGGCAUCCAGAACGUGGUCCAAGCCAAUGUCACAUGGAGCUUUCAAUCGGGGCGGUACUUUGGGAAACAAGCCCAAGAAAUCCGACAAACUCGGUUGGUUGAGGUGAUGGUUGACCCGCCGUAUCUGCAACAGCAGAAGCAGCAGCAGCGGCAACGCCGUGCAGCCAACAUGCAUUCAGGUCAAUGGUCAAAGAGCCUGUCGUCGUUGGUUCAGAAUGUAUCCUGGUCGCUUGUUCUGAGUCUGGUGAUCAUUUGUCACUUUGCCGUAGUUAGUCGGCAAUGA